AUGUUUGUCACCGGGUCCAAAGGCUUUGUUCUGGCUUACUUUGCCGGAGCAUUUCCUGCCCCUCAAUUUUUCGGUCAGUCAGGGAAUCCUCCAGAUCCUGGUUGUGACACUCCUCACAACGUUGAUCCAAAUCAUUCACUGACAUCUAUCAUCCAAUCUUCAGGCGCAAACGGUGCUGCUGCUUUCACUCACGGCCCUCCACAAGAGAACUCAUAUCCUCAAGGCAACCCUUUCCAAGGCCCUGGGUCAGAUCCUGCUAAUCAACCGAAUCAACCUGAUAUCGCCUCUUCUUGGCCGGCGCAGGCCCCCUCACAAUGGGGCGAUUCUUCGUCUCCUCAAGGAUCUAGCACUGGGCAAGCAUUUGGGCCACCACUUCCCACUGAGUGGCCUUCCACACCCCCUGCUGCCCCGAAUGGUGACCAUGGGACCAGUCCUGGUGGCGGCCCUGGGGGUGCUCCUGGUUGGAAUAAUAACAUGGGAGAUAAUAACCACGAGACGUCGGCAUUCCAAUGGAGCUCUGAAACUACCUUCGUCGACCCGAACCUUAGCCUUCAAACAGUGACGAUGACCAAUGUGCCAACGUCACAGUCCCCAACUAUAACAUCCGCAUCUCAAAACUUUCCUGACACCACCGGAUCCCUAAAUCCCACCCUUGAGACAGAAGGAAAUCCUGCCUCUCUGCCAUUCCCUACUGGUCAACCAACAGUCUCAUCUGCAACCCUGUCGCCGCUGGAUAGCUCAGUUCCAUUUGGCACUGCAACCGGGACUGGACCGCAAAGUACAGUAACCGAGACUAUUACUUUGCCAUUGACGACCUUUGAAACUGUGGUAUUCACCCAGACUGUGACAAGCAUACCAGUUGAGACUACUGCUGUGAUUACCGCCGUCACCGUUUUCAACACGACGAUAACAUCUGACGGAAGUGUUAUUUCCACUUCAACAGUUGGACCAGUUGUGAUAACCACAACAGGGACUGCCCUAAUCGAAACCACUUUGACCGCUUCCUCAACGAUAACUGGAACGGUAGCCACCACAUUGACAACCGAUAAUCUGCCAACAAACUUGCCAAGUGCUACAGCAAGCUGCGUCCUGAGUUUGGGUUGUUAUGGGCAAGACAUCUUUCAGCCUGUUGCGGUUGGAUCACCGCCAAACAAUAUUGGACAACGUGGUGGUCACCCAGUCCCGCGCCUAGGGAUAAAUCUGGACGGAGGACCUAUCGAGACAAAUAAAUUCUACCAAAACUUUGUUCUAGGUAGUCAAGGUUCUCCUGGUUUCGUCUUACCAUACACUUUAAGAUGGAGUCAGGGUAGCGGAAAUGCACAAAGCUGGGGUAUGGCGAUCUCGCAUAUUGACGACAAUCAGAAGUCUUUCGGUGCCCCAAAUCCCAGCAUUGCCGGUUCACCAAAUGCUUUUUACAUCAAUCCACUAGGAAUCGAGUCAAUCAUACUCUCCGCCGCAGAAUUCGGUACAUCUACAGUGUUGACAGCGGAUUCUUUGGAGGUCUUUUCUGCCAAUAUCCACCUUCAACCAUCUGCAGGCUCAACAUCUGUCCUGACUUUACCCCUGGUUCAAGGGAUGGGGUUCAUCACAGGUCAAUACGUUAAUCUCCAACCAGCCAUUCAAAGCAGUGUUUUCUUCAGAAGUAUUGCUUCUGCAGCUUCACCCAAGCCGGGUGUUUUCAAGUGGAAAGUCACGCUUGAAGAUGGUAAAAUUUGGUUGCUAUAUGCGGUUGCUACCAAUGGUAUUUCCCCAAACCUUCAACUCAUUACGAGUACCUUGCUUCAAGGAAUCCCGAACUGGUAUGGUGAUAUUCAGGUUGCCAAACUACCCGAUGCAAGUUUCGAAUCCAUUUACGAUAAUGCCGUCGGGGCCUAUCCAACAUCUGGAACCAUUGGUGGUUACGCUCAUAACUCUACAGCUCAGUACAGUUUCACUUGGAACAAGGGAGGAGCCUACGCCUCGAUCACAAGCCUUCUCAUGUUCGCUCUACCUCAUCAUGUUGAAUCAUUCGAGUCUGACACAUUGGGUAACGUCACAAACCUGGUACUUGAUACACUUACGAAAGGGGUGGCUACUGCGGUGGUUGCAGAUUAUUGGGUACUUGAGGAGAAGAAUCUUCCUACGUCCCUUUCUUUUGCACCUUGGAGACCAGAUGGUGAUACACAAAUCACGACGACUCUUUCUCCUUCAACUAUCUCUGCCAUUCAGAGUGUUGCAGCCAUCGAAGCUUCGCAAAACAUGUCCGCACAAUCAAACCUGAACAGCAUGUACUAUAGCGGAAAGGCACUCAGCAAAUUUGCAACAUUAUGCUUUACAAUGCACGAUUUGACUGAGCAACAGGAUCUUGCUAAAGCUGCCCUGUUGGAACUUGAGAGCGCCUUUGAAGUCUUUUCCAACAAUCAGCAGGAAUUCCCUCUGUUAUAUGACACUGACUGGAAGGGAAUAGUAUCAUCCGCCAGCUAUGUCACUGGGGAUGCUGGUGUCGAUUUCGGCAACUCGUAUUAUAAUGACCACCAUUUUCACUGGGGUUAUUUCAUUCACGCUGCUGCUGUCAUUGGAUACCUGGAUCCGACAUGGCUCACAGCGAACAAAGAUUGGGUCAAUGCCCUGGUUCGUGACGUGGCCAAUCCCAGCUCUCUCGAUCAAUACUUUCCGGUCUUCAGAUCUUUCGAUUUUUUCCAAGGACAUUCUUGGGCAAAAGGAUUGUUCGAAAGUGGAGAUGGAAAAGACGAAGAAUCCUCGUCUGAAGAUGCCAUGUUUGCGUACGCAUUGAAAAUGUGGGGAAAGACAAUUGGUGAUGCUUCGAUGGAAGCCCGUGGCAAUUUGAUGCUUUCCUUACUGGCUCGAAGCUUGCACAACUACUUCUUGAUGGAUAGCGAUAAUGCCAAUCAACCAUCGUCAUUCAUCAACAACAAGGUCACUGGUAUUCUUUUCGAAAACAAGGCAGAUCAUGCUACGUACUUUGGCGCUGAUUUGUCAUAUAUCCAAGGUAUUCACAUGAUCCCGAUGAUGCCCUUUUCAACCAUGACCAGAAGCCGGAAAUUUGUACUAGAGGAGUGGAACCUCUUCUUCGCCGAUGGUGCAGCUAGACCGGUCAACGAUGUCGAAGGUGGAUGGAGAGGUCUAAUAAUGGCUAAUCUAGCCAUCAUUAACCCUCAAGCAGCGUUCAACUUUUUCUCACAGCCAAACUUCAACAUGGGACUGAUAGAUGGUGGAGCGACUCUGACAUGGUAUAUGGCAAUGAGUGCCAUGCUUGGAGGGUCGACAUGA